AACAAAGAUUGUAGCUCCACACCUCUGCUUAUUUCCUUUCACUUAAUUUUUCUUGUCACUUGUUCCACACAUUUGUUCUUGUCAGUCACCCGCAAGAUGGAAAACUCUCUGCUGAUGACUCUUACGGCGCUCCUGUUCCUUGGAGUUCAAGGAAUCUCAACUCAGACCCAGACCAACAACCUUACAAUCCCCUCAACCUCACAACGCAUUAAUGUUACGACAUCCACUGCCCCACAGACCCCAUGUCCGAUAAUCAUCCAUAAUAUUACAAAGUCUGUUCUGUACCGGCUGAAAGUAAAAUGGUUAAAAGGGAGUCCAUGUGAAGGUCAGCUGUAUCUGUAUACUCGUGAGCGUCAAAAGCCUUUGUGCUCUAACAGUCACACAUCAGGCAGCUGGUGGACUGAAGUGUGUAAGGACACAAGAUGUGGAGACGUCAAGGGUUUUAAGCCCACUUCAAGCCAAACUAAAUGUUUUAUGCUCACAAGCAAUAUGACGAUCAUCGAUACUACUAAGUGCAAGGGCCUGCAUAUCAUGUGCCAAGAUUCUCUAGGAACAGAGUUGGCUGCUUAUAAAGCAGUAAUCGGCAUAUUAAUUUUCUUGAUCUUGGGUGUCAUUCUGGUUCAGUUCAGUCGGCCUAUGUACAAAGCCAUCCGCAAAAGAUUUUCACAAAAACGGCAGAGUCGCUGGAUCGGCCCUACUCAGAGUGUGUGCUAUAACAGAGGUCAAGGUCCCGCAACCAAAAGCACAGAGAAGAGACAGUCCUUUCCUGGUUUGGAGAGACUGACAGUAAACCAGAGCAGAGAGCCCUCCUCCAACAGAAACAGUGACUAUGACUCAUACGGCUACAGCUGAAGGCCUGUGCUCACAAAAGACUUACUGACCCUAAGCACAACUCUCUCGUCAUCAACAAUCAGCAGAGUGUUCUACAUUACACUGCUUCGGUUGUUUGGCAAGUCAAGAAAGGUGUACAUAACCACAAAAGCGCUUACU